AUGCUGAUCAAUAUCUCGAAUAGCUUUACGGUGGAAGAGAUCCGGGCCCUUAUGGACCGCCCGGCCAAUAUCCGAAACAUGUCCGUCAUUGCUCACGUCGAUCACGGCAAGUCGACCUUGACCGACUCUCUCGUCCAGCGAGCCGGUAUCAUCUCUGCAGCCAAGGCAGGUGAAGCGCGUUUCACCGAUACCCGAAAAGAUGAACAAGAGCGAGGCAUCACAAUCAAGUCCACUGCCAUCUCUCUAUAUGCCCACCUGCCCGACGAGGAGGAUCUCAAGGACAUCCCGCAGAAAGUUGCCGGUAACGAAUUCUUGAUCAACUUGAUCGACUCCCCUGGUCACGUUGAUUUCUCUUCGGAAGUCACAGCUGCCCUUCGUGUCACUGAUGGUGCGUUGGUCGUCGUCGACACAAUUGAAGGUGUCUGCGUCCAGACCGAGACCGUCCUACGACAAGCCCUUGGUGAGCGUAUCAAGCCUGUUGUCAUCAUCAACAAGGUCGACCGCGCUCUCCUUGAAUUGCAGGUUUCCAAAGAGGAUCUGUACCAAUCGUUCCUCCGUACUAUCGAGUCGGUGAACGUCAUCAUCUCCACGUACUUUGACAAGGCCUUGGGUGAUGUCCAGGUCUGGCCUGAGAAGGGUACUGUGGCCUUCGGCUCUGGUCUCCACGGCUGGGCUUUCACCGUCCGACAGUUCGCCAUCCGGUAUGCGAAGAAGUUCGGUGUUGACAAGUCCAAGAUGAUGGAACGUCUCUGGGGCGACAACUACUUCAACCCCAAGACCAAGAAGUGGACCAAGACCGCCGACUUUGAGGGCAAGACCCUUGAGCGUGCCUUCAACCAGUUCAUCCUGGACCCCAUCUUCAAGAUCUUCGAUGCCUUCCAGAAGGGCAAGGUUGAAGAGCUGGUCAACCUGACCGCCAAGCUCGACAUCAAGCUGACCAACGAGGAGAAGGAGUUGCCUGGAAAGGGUCUCCUCAAGGCUGCCAUGCGCAAGUUCUUGCCGGCCGCCGAUGCGCUCUUGGAAAUGAUGGUUAUCCACUUGCCAUCCCCAGUCACCGCCCAGAAAUACCGUGCUGAGACCCUUUACGAAGGUCCAGCCGACGACGCAGCGUGCAUUGCUAUCCGCGACUGUGACCCCAAGGCCGAUCUCAUGCUUUACGUCUCCAAGAUGGUGCCUACAUCGGAUAAGGGUCGAUUCUACGCCUUCGGCCGUGUCUUUGCCGGUACCGUCCGCUCCGGCAUGAAGGUCCGCAUUCAAGGUCCCAACUAUACCCCAGGCAAGAAGGAGGACUUGUUCAUCAAGGCUGUCCAGCGUACCGUCCUCAUGAUGGGCCGUACUGUUGAGCCCAUUGAUGAUUGCCCGGCCGGUAACAUUUGCGGUCUCGUCGGCAUUGACCAGUUCUUGCUCAAAUCCGGUACCUUGACCACCUCCGACACCGCUCACAACCUGAAAGUGAUGAAGUUCUCCGUCUCGCCUGUUGUGCGACGAUCAGUCGAGGUCAAGAACGCCAACGAUCUCCCCAAGCUGGUCGAAGGUCUUAAGCGAUUGUCCAAGUCCGACCCCUGUGUCGUGACCUCCAUCUCUGAAUCUGGUGAGCACGUCGUUGCCGGUGCUGGAGAGCUUCAUCUGGAAAUCUGCUUGAAGGAUUUGGAAGAAGACCAUGCCGGUGUGCCACUGAAGAUCAGCGACCCCGUCGUCUCGUAUCGCGAGACUGUUGGCGGUACUUCCAGCAUGACUGCUCUGUCCAAGUCACCCAACAAGCACAACCGUCUGUACGUUGUCGCUGAACCGCUUAGCGAGGAGGUGUCCAAGGAAAUUGAGGAGGGCAAGAUCACCCCUCGUGACGACUUCAAGGCCCGUGCCCGUAUCCUGGCUGACGAACACGGCUGGGACGUGACCGAUGCUCGAAAGAUCUGGGCCUUCGGUCCCGACACCACCGGUCCCAACUUGUUGGUGGAUCAGACCAAGGCUGUCCAAUACCUCAACGAAAUCAAGGACUCCUUCGUGUCCGGUUUCCAGUGGGCCACCCGCGAGGGUCCUAUUGCCGAAGAGCCUAUGCGAUCCAUCCGAUUCAACAUCAUGGAUGUCACCCUCCAUGCCGAUGCCAUCCAUCGUGGUGGUGGUCAAAUCAUCCCCACUGCCAGACGUGUGCUCUAUGCCGCCACUCUCCUUGCCGAGCCUGGUAUCCAAGAGCCCGUCUUCUUGGUGGAGAUCCAAGUUCCAGAGCAGGCCAUGGGUGGUAUCUACGGUGUUCUUACCCGCAGAAGAGGUCACGUCUUCUCCGAGGAACAGCGUAUUGGUACUCCUCUCUUCACCGUCAAGGCCUACCUUCCCGUCAUGGAGUCGUUCGGCUUCAACGCCGAUCUGCGUGCUGCCACCAGUGGUCAAGCCUUCCCUCAAUCCGUCUUUGACCAUUGGCAAAUUCUUCCCGGUGGUUCGCCGCUUGAUCCCGCCACCAUGCCCGGCAAGGUCGUCGAGCAAGCGCGUAUCAGAAAGGGUCUCAAGCCCCAAGUUCCCGGCUAUGACAACUACUACGACAAAUUGUAG